CCCGGCCACAGCACUCACACCCUACUCACCGGCCCCUGGUGGCCCUGCGACUCAGCACACGUUCCUGCUGGACGAAUUGGCGGGAGCCAGUCCUCACACCAUGCCACAAUGCCAGAGGGAAUCCACUCUCACAAGGCUGGAUGCAAUAUUUAUGGAAUUCUGGCACAGGCAUGAGGAUAGACAAAUGAGUAUAAGCAAGCAACGGUACUCACCCCCUGCAGUUGUGAGCUCCAUGUCUGGUCCAAAGCGUCUGAACAGGCCUGCACCUAAGCGCUGGCACAAACAAGUGAACUUCUGGAACAUCAACCAUGCACUGAGUUGGGGUCUUAUCUGGAGACACAGUGACCCAACUGCCCAAGCACCUAUAAGACACCUGGGCAACCAGAAGGACCUCGGACCCGUGACUCUGGCAAGCGGUGACAGAAGACCCUCGGGAAGGCAGUGAGGGUUAUGGCUCAGGAGGGAGAAAAGCAAAGGCACAGCAUCUCCACUGUAGCCCCCAAGCCUGAAGCUAAGCCUGGCAUGCUAACCUGCAUGAGACGGAGAACACUAUGCACAUAUGGAAGAAAGCUUAUCCAUUGUGGCCAGUUUGCGGAAUUGGCCUGUUUUCCACGUAGUUACUCAUAGGUUCCUAGUGCAGCGGUUCGAUCCUUCCCCGUGUUCUUAAUUGAGAAUAGUACCUAGUGGCUACUAAGCAACACUAUUGAUUAUAGUUUAGCAUGUUACACAAUCGUAUUCUUUUACUCCUUUGAUUACCUUAGUGUCAGUCUACAGAGCACGCAUCCAUUUGUCCUCUUGUUCACUCAUUUACUGACACAACUUAAUUUAGCCUGUUUAUUAUUUAAAAAUGUGCAGUUCUAAUCUCAUCCAGCAAAAUACUGUCUCUUGAAAUGCUUGUGUCUGUGGUUGUUACAUAGCAAGCUUGUCUGUUAAUCUUUUGCACAAUAAAAU